AACCAUUGUGGCUCAAGCCGUUUUGGCACAGGCCGUUUUUGCUUAAGUGACCGUCGGGUGACCCUCCUCAGCGCGCCAAGCGCCCUUAUCUGCGCCUUAGGAUAUCCCUGGCCCUCGACGCCCCGAACUUCGGGAUGGCGAACCUCGCUGACGUCACGCUCCUUCCCGCCGGCGAGCAGCUCCCGCGUCCAAGGCUGGCGACAGCGUGGGCGGAGGCGUCCAGCGCGCCGCCCGUGCCGAGCGCUGGCGUCAUGCUCCUUCCCGACGGCGAGCAGCUCCCGCGUCCAAGGCUGGCGACAGCGUGGGCGGAGGCGUCCAGCGCGCCGCCCAUGCCGAGCGCUGGCGUCACGCUCCUUUCCGCCGUCGAGCAGCUCCCGCGUCCAAGGCUGGCGACAGCGUGGGCGGAGGCGUCCAGCGCGCCGCCCGUGCCGAGGCAAGCCUGGACUCCCAGGAUGGCCCGCGGGCGCCCCGUCGCUGGCAGACCGUCCAGCGGCCACGGUGAAGCCGUUCCAGGCUCUGGCGUCCUCGGCCCGGGCACGAUCCGCAGGCUUCAUGGGUUGCGACCUCCUCUUGGGCCUCCGGUGACUCUCUACGACCUUCUCCAGAUGAAGAGGCGCGGCUUGAGGAUCUCCGAGUCUUGCCCAGACAGCCGCACGUCAGGCUGGAACGUGGCCGAAGUGUUCUCGGCGCCCGAGUUGCCAAGAGUGGAGUUGGUCAGUAGCGAGGCACUGAGCCGCCAGACGAGCGACACCGAGUCGACGAGCGACACCGAGUCGACCUCAGACCUCUCCGAGGAGUUCCCCAGGUCUUCUGGUGUGGGCGCCGAGCUCCAUCGGAGCAGCCCGAUCGCUGGCGAGGAUGAGCGGUCGCCGUCGAAAACGAGCUCGUCAGCAAGCGAGGCAAUGGGCGGCCAGACGAGCGGCAGCGAGACGAGCGACACCGAGUCGACCUCAGACCUCUCCGAGGAGUCCCCGAGGUCUUCUGGUGUGGGCGCCGGGCUCCAUCGGAGCAGCCCGAUCGCUGGCGAGGACGAGCGGUCUCCCCCUGUGUCGGGCAGCGUCCGUCCCAUUCGCAACGAGCCCUGCAGGCGGAGGGCUGCGUUCGUCCCACUCCCCAGGCCGAAGGAGCAUCGCAAGCCCGACCAACCUCGGCGACCGCAAGCGCGACAGACAUCGACGACCUCGACGACCGCGAGCCCUCUGGGCCAGAGGAUCUGCUGCAGGCCGCCCAACCUCGACGACCGCAAGACCAUCCUGUGCUCUGCGGGCCCGAGCCAGUCCGGCAGCGAGCGAGCCAGGCCCGCGCCCCCGGCCGCGGCGGUCCCCGCCCGCGCCCGCCCCAGCCACGCCGGGAGGUCGCUGUCGGCGAGGCCAGCGUGCUCCGCGGGCAGCUGAAGCGCUGCUUUUUGGGGGCAGCUGGGAGGGUGAGAGCUCGCUCGGGGCCUCCCAAACGGUGCAGUGACCGCACCAUGUGGUGAGCCAGUGGGGAUCAGUGGGGAUUCUGGGUGGCCGCACGGUUGAGGACCCGGCGCCUUUCUCCGAGGAUGCCUCUUUGGCGAUCGGAGCCACCAGGGUGCAGAAACCGUGCGAUGGCGGACGGGCCUUGCGGUGAGGUCCACCAGGAUUUCAGGGUCACCGCACGGUCUGUCACCGCACCUUUCUGGAAUCCCAAGUUUCCCGUUUUUGCGCGCGGCAAUGAUCACCCGCGACGCCGAAUUGUGUAUAGUUUGCGGCGUAGUUUGUUGCAGUGGAUAUGCAGAUCGUGCACAGUGCAUUGCACUCGCUUGAGUUCAACCAGAUUAUGCCAGUGCUGCUGCCAAUCACAUUGUACAGGUGUUCAACCAGGUCAUGCUGCUGAAUCCAGUCGCGAUGCCAGUGCGCUGUCCGCAUGAUUGAAUUUAUAAUGCAUGUGUUCGCCCGGGAAGGGAAGCACGACAUGCAAACAACAGAUCUCCGAUACAGGGCCGAAAGCAGGCCAGACAUCCAAUAAUUCUACCUCAGGCCCGGUCCAGGACCGACCCCUUGCUACCUUUGUCUCGGUCCAUGACCGACUCCCUGCCAGCGGACUUCAGCAGCCAAUGUGCAUAUUUUCAGUUCUGCGGUCCUCAGGUUGACCGUCACGGUAGAAUGGUACAGGGUACAGUCAAACGUUGCAGCCAUGGUGCAUGUGCGUUUUCUCUUCGGCCCCAAAGAUUGAUCGCCACACUAUAGUGGUACAUGCAAACAUCGCAUCGCAUUGCGCCCCCUUUGCACGUUCAGGACAGUGCUGGUACGCAUCACAUGGGCCCCUGAACCCACGUCACAACGUCACAGCUUGGCGGCAGAUGACGAUCCAAUUCGCGCGCGAUAUAGCUCCAAUGCAGCCAGCGCGGGACAUCAGGGAAUCGGUGUUGCGGAGGGGAUGGGG